UCCGCCGUCACUCGUUGUCUGCGCCGCGCUUGCUGUUUAUACUGUUGAAGGCAGGCCGACAUUAUCAGAGCCUGCCGUUUUCUUUACAAACUUCGUCAGAAGGAACAACCUCACGGGCUUCUCCACUGAUCUCAUCAGCGCCACCUUGAACACCGUACAACAAAACGAUAAGAAGACGACUCUGCAUAUUCUGGAUCCGCUUGGAUCGCCGACGUCAGUCGUGAACGGUCUCGUCAUGGAAACGCCCGCAGCUGCACAACCAUCACAACCAGCACAACGAAGACGCGGACCACGACGUGGUAGAGGUGGUAGAGGCUCGCGAAGGGAAGGAGGUGGCGAAGAUCCAUCGCUAGCUUUCAGGCCAGCGAGUAUCGCUCCAGUCGAAGCUUCUUCGCAGCAAUCAGAUGCCACGCCUCAGCGAGGAGGUCGAGGUGGCGGUCGAGGUAGAGGCCGGGGCAGAGGCGGCCGGGGUGGCGUUCAAGGGUCGGAAAAGCGCUCAACUGUGAACGGCAGAACUUUCGGUGGACAGCUCACACGAACGGAGACUGACCAAAGCGAAGCCUCGAAUGCUGCAUCGUUGCAAGGGGCAGCACCUGUGUUCGUUCCCGGCCAACAGCAUGUACAGAAUGUCACUCAGAAGCAGCCGAUUGAGCGACCACAUCGUCAGCCCAAGCAACGACGCAUGUCAAAGUCACAAGCACCGGACAUUGCGACCCGCACUCAUGAAGAUAUCGACAAUCGCCAUUACGAAUGCGCCAUUUGCACAAGCGAGGUCUUGCGAAACUCCAAGGUGUGGUCAUGUCAUACCUGCUGGACCGUGUUUCAUUUGAAGUGCAUCAAGCAAUGGUCAUCGAAUGCCGGAGCAUCUGCUGCACAGCAAAACUCAGAUGGGGUGCCUCAUAUGCGGCAGUGGCGAUGCCCGGGAUGCAAUUUGCCCAAGGACGAUCUGCCUCAUUCGUACACAUGUUGGUGCGAGAAGGAGACCGAUCCACGACCGCUUCAGGGCAUCCCUCCCCACUCAUGCGGACAGACAUGCGGCAAGGAGAGAGUGAGAAAAUGUCCGCACCCAUGCCAACUGACUUGCCAUGCUGGACCUUGUCCACCGUGCACGCAUAUGGGUCCUACGCAACAGUGUUAUUGUGGGUCACAUGAAUCGACCAAGCGAUGCAUGGAAACCAACUAUGAGGCUGGCUGGAGUUGUGGCGAGACAUGCGGAUCCACGCUUUCUUGCGGCGAGCAUAAAUGUGAGAGGCCAUGCCACGCUGGAUCUUGCGGCCCAUGCGAGGUCCGUCUUCCGGCACGCUGCUAUUGUGGCCAGAUGGAGAAAGACGUGCUCUGCAGUGACCGCGGUGUGCCGAUACAGAGCAGUCGAAAGCACAUUCUCGACGCUUCUCCGGCCCCAGGACCAGCCAAUAGAGACGUCACUUCAAAUAUCCCGGAGUCUCAGUCGAUUCUAGAAAGCUGGACAGGAGUCUUUGACUGUGGCAGCACUUGUGGGCGAGCGUUUGACUGCGGUACCCAUCAGUGCGAGAAGCGGUGCCAUCCGCAAGACGGAGAGGCAGGACAUUGCCCCAGAUCGCCCGACGUCGUUACUCACUGCUCUUGCGGCAAGACUCCCCUACACGAGCUUUCCGACGCCCCAAGAACAUCUUGUCAAGAUGACAUCCCCAGCUGCUCGAAGCCCUGCGAUAAGGUGUUGCCUUGUGGACACCUUUGCCCACAAGUAUGUCAUGUGGGAAGCUGCGGGUCAUGUUUGAAGAUGGUCUCAAUCAAUUGUCGAUGUGGAAGAACAUCGCACAGCACGGUCUGCCAUCAAGGCAUGGAUGAGCCGCCUCAGUGUAUGCGGGUGUGCCGAAUCACUCUCAACUGCGGAAGGCACAUGUGUGAUGAGCACUGCUGUACUGGUGAGCGCAAAGCACACGAGCGCCAGGCCAGUCGCAAGAAAGGUAGACCACUCGGAUCCGCACCACGGACUGCCGAAGAAGGUUAUGAAGCUGAGCACAUUUGCACUCGCCAGUGCGGUCGUCCACUCAAAUGCGGCAACCAUGUAUGCGAAGAGCUUUGCCACAAAGGUCCAUGUGGUUCAUGCAGAGAAGCCAUAUUUGAAGAGGUUGCUUGCAACUGCGAGCGAACUGUCUUGCAACCUCCACUUCCUUGCGGCACACAGCCACCUCCAUGUCGUUACCCAUGCGAACGGCCGAAGGCUUGCGGACAUCCUCAAGUUGCUCACAACUGCCAUCAAGACGAUGACGCUUGUCCCAAGUGCCCAUUUUUGACACCAAAAAUGUGCAUGUGUGGGAAGAAAGCGCUAAAGAAUCAGCAGUGCUGGCUCCGCGACGUCAGCUGUGGCACUGUGUGCGGCCAGAAGCUAAAGUGUGGUGUGCACUUUUGCCGCAAGCAGUGUCAUCGCAAAGGUCAGUGCGAGGAUGCUGGCGGCCAAGCAUGCACGCAACCUUGUGGCAAAGAGAAGAAGGUGUGCGGCCAUCCAGACGAGGCACCUUGCCAUGCUCCGUUUGCCUGUAAGGAGAGCAAACCUUGCAAUAGCAAGAUAUUCAUCACUUGUGAAUGCCAGGCGCAAAAGCAAGAAGUCAAGUGCGGCGCUUCUACGUCUGGUGAAGGCAAUACGCUCAAGAGUCUGCCUUGCAACGAGGAAUGCGCUAGGCUCGAGCGCAACCGGCGACUUGCAGUUGCUCUGAACAUCGACCAGUCCACUCAUGUUGAAGGCGGGGACCAUAUCCCAUACUCCACCGAAACACUCAAUCUAUUCGCAGCACAUCCCAAGUGGUGCCAGACGCAAGAACGCGAGUUUAGGGUCUUCGCAACUUCUCCCGAUGAGAAGCGUCUGCGGUUCAAGCCCAUGCAAGCACAGCAGCGGUCCUUCGUGCACUCGCUCGCAGAGGAUUUUGGACUAGACUCGGAAAGCGUUGAUCCCGAGCCACAUCGCCAUGUCAUGAUCUGGAAGACUCCGCGCUUCGUUUCUGCGCCCAACAAGACCUUGGCCGAUGCCCUGCGUUUGCGGCAGCAAGCACAGCGAUCAGUCAACGCUAGCACGAAUGCCUCUGACAACGAAAGCGCGCCUACGAAACCCAAGGCUAGAUCGUUGGAGCCUUUCAACAGUUUUCGGAUCACCAACGCUCGGUUCGGUCUGACGAUCGAUGAAAUUCGAGCCGAGAUCAACGCAGUUCUACACAGCGCAUAUCCUUUUACCUUUGAUGUGGAGUUCCUGCCCAGCGAAGAUAUUGUGCUGAAGGCCAUUACCCGCACCUUGCCCCCUCAGGACCUCGAACGCAUGCUUUUCAACCUCAAGGAACCCCUCGGCACCAAAAUUGCCAACCGGGGUUUUGGAAGCAUGCAGCUCUGCACGACCGACACUUCCCUUAAUAUCACACGUUUCGAAUCAGACGGCGCGCCAGGUGAUGGGUGGUCGAGAGUUGCUGCAAAGAAAUCUGCUCCGAAAGUAGCCCUCACCAGCAGCACCUUUGGCUCUACGAAUGCUUUUUCGGCACUAUCCGGGAACAAAGUGACAUUCGCCAAGAAGGCGCCCGCGCUCAAGGCGAAGGCUCCGGCUGCAGCUGCGCCUGUCAUCGUCGAUGACUGGGAGGCGGCCGAAGUGGAAGAGGAAGAAAAGGAGCGCAGUCGAGAUCUGGCGUAUACAAGUGCGAGUGAUGGGGAGGGACUGGGUGCCGAGAGUCCUCCUGGCAUCAUGACUCCGUCGCCUGAGGCUGGCGGAAGUGGCGAUGAGGCAAACGUGGCUGCUGAAAGUAUCACAAAAGUUGAAGAGGUUGCUGACCAGGGCGCUGAGACGAAGGAUUGGGCUGAUGAGGUCACUGCAGCAACGAUGUGAUGGAUAUGAGACUCAGCCGAUGGACUGCCCAUAAUCAAUCGAUGAAGUAGGGUGAUAGACGACAUGAAACCAAGAAAAUGCGAAGCAAUCCCAUAGCCCACUCAGUCUCUAUGACACCUAGUCGUAUCCGAACGAGCUCAUCUCAUUCACAACCUCCCAACUCCCUAAGGCGCGCACACGAUCGCGCUGCGCCUGCGUGUAUGAAACGUGCAGUCUCCGCAGCGCUCGGCAGGUGCUACAGCGUUUCGAUCCGGCCGGUCAAGCAGCAUACGACAGCGUUGGAGGUUUGAAUUGCAAUAAUAGCCUUGCGACCGCUUGUCUUUCACGUCCCAAAUCCGAAGCUCUUCACCGGAAACGCCCAAGAUCGCACAA